AUGAAGGGCGACUCACCGCCUGUCCAGAACCAAGUUCCUGCCCCACAGCCCUCUGCCCAGCCCUCCAGGCCUCCCCAAGGCCAGGACCUGAUGAGUAACAGCAACAAACCCCACGUGCUGGAGGACCAAAUCCUCUGUCCCAUUUGCCUGGAGGUCUUCCACAACCCAGUCACCACAGCCUGUGGCCACAACUUCUGCAUGACCUGCCUCCAAGGGUUCUGGGACCACCAGACGGCCAUGGGUGAGAUGCCCUAUUGCCCCCAGUGCCGACAGAGCUUCCCGUCCAGGCCUCACCUCUGCAAGAAUGUCAUUCUCGGGGACAUGGUGGCCUGCUUCACCCAGAACAAGGGCCAGGCCACAAGGUCCUUACAGAAUGUGGCGGGGCCGGGGGAUGUGCCCUGUGACUUCUGUCCCCCUCAGAAGCUCAAGUCCAUCAAGUCAUGCCUGCAGUGUGUGGCCUCCCUGUGCGAGAGGCACCUGCGUAGCCAUUUCGAAGACCGAGUGUUCCAGGGCCACAGGUUGCUGGAGCCCGUGCGGGAUCUCCAGAACCGCUUGUGCCGGAAGCACCGCAGACUCCGCCGGCUGUACUGCCGCACGGAAGGCUGCUGCGUGUGUGGGGCCUGCCUGCUGGAAAAACACAAGAAUCACGACACCAUCCCCCUGGAGCAGGAGCGCGCCUGCCGGGAGGCCGAGGUUCGGAAGGUCCAGGCCAACGUGGAGAACCAGAUGUUGAUCAUUGCCUCCAACAACCAGAAGCACCGUGGGCGGGUAGCCUCGGUUUCGAAACUGACCCAGACAAUGCGCAACGAGGUGAAUACCUGCUUCUCGGAGAUCGUCCAGGAGCUCACUCAGCUGCAGGCGAAGGUUCUGGAGUUCCUGGAGAGAGAGGAGGCCGCCGCCCUGGGGAAGCUGGGCAGCUCCCUCCAGCAGAGCCACAGCCGGCUUCUGGAGCUGGAGGGGGACAGCGUCUGGCUGCGCACCCUGCUCACCAACCAGAGCGACCAGCAGUUUUUGCAGGAGUUCCCCAGGCUCAAGCACUUUCCAGCUCACAUGGAACCUCUGAUGGGCACCAACUUCGAGGAGGAGAGCUUCCUCCGGCUGCCAGAGACCCUGGCGGAGCUCCGGACCCAGCUGGCCAAUGUGGGGCUCAGCUUCCUCAACCAGCUCCUCCUGAAGGGCAUUAAGAUGAACUCUUACGAGGUGCUGCCCCCAGCUGUGGACAGGAAAACGCUCCUCGAGUCCUACUGCAACCUGAACUUUGACCCGGCCGCGGCCAGCGCCGAGCUCUUCCUGUUCAAGGAGACGCACUCGGUGCUCAACCUGGGCAUCUUGCUGCAGCCCGCGGCCGCGGCGGGCGGCCCCUGCCCCGGCUUCACGCAGUGGCCCCAGGUGCUGUGCUCGCGCGGCCUGGCCGAGGGCCGCCACUACUGGGAGGUCGAGGUCUCCGACUCGUGGGUGUGCCUGGGCGUCACCUACCGGCGCUGCGCCCCGGCCUGCGCGCGCCCGCGCCGCAGCACCGUCUACCUGCUGGGCCGCAACCCGGACUCGUGGUGCCUGGAGUGGGACUCACUCAAGUUCUCUGUGUGGCACGACAACCAGCAGACGGUGCUGCCGGGCGCCUACCAGCGCACGCUCGGGGUGGUACUCGACUGCGCCGCCGGCUGCCUGGCCUUCUACGGCGUGGCGGGGGGCGCCAGCCUCAUCCACCGCUUCCUCGCCACCUUCCUGGAGCCGCUCUACCCCGCCGUCAUGGUCAGCAGCGGGGCCUGGGUCAUGCUCAAGCAGCGCCCCGAGGCCUAG